AUAAACAGUUAUUUACGCGAACAUUCGUUGAAAAAAAUUAUGUUUCAGUUCUAAUUUCGCAGAUCCACGAGUCAGAUCCCGAUAGAAUUUUACUAAUAAGACAGUUGAUAUAUUUUUCUUCUCUGCGUGUACGUAAAGUUGAAGCAAACAUGAAUCCUUUUUACAUCACUGGGGUGUUAUUUUUCGCCUUCUAUUGCAUCGGUCAAACCGAGCCCACAAAUCCCUCUAUAAACGUGGACUCUGAAAAUAUUCUGGUUCAUUGCAAGAAGACAUGCGCGCAAGUUCACGAGAUCAAAUAUACUUGGGUUAUUAAAAAUUUCAGCGCUUACGAUAAAUAUACUCAACGUGAAUUUCUAUCACCCAAGAUACGCGCACUCACAACUGAUAGAAUCGAAUUGGAUCUUCGACUACACCCUAAUGGCUGGACAGGAAGUUUCAUCGAGGAUGUUCGGUUUAAUAUAUUCACAUCCAGCGAAAGUAUAGUUAAAGAAGUGCUGGCAGACUGCGAUGUUUCAAUCAUCAAUCAUAAUAAAGAGGUGUUACUUAAUAAACAUCUGAAUUCAAUAAUUUGUGUACCUGUGCGGAAGGAUCGAUGGAUCGAGAAUGACUUGACCCUUUGCAGUAAUGACGACUUUUUUCAAAGACACUUGCUGCAAAAUGAUACAUUAACGAUGUUAUUCCACAUAAAAUGUUUUUUGAAACCAUCUGCUAAUGAUGUUUCCCUUCAACCCAAGAUCCCAACACCCGACACUGUCAUCGUGAAAAAUAAUCUUUCCGAAAAUUUCGAAUCGAUGCUGAAUAAUCCGGAAUUCGCGGACGUCGUAUUCAUCACAAAUGGCGGUAACUUCUCAGCUCAUAAGCUUAUUUUGGCCGCACGAAGUCCUGUUUUCGCUGGCAUGUUCCGACGCAAAGAUACAAAAAAUGGAAAAAAUAAGAAAAUUCGAAUAAACGAAGCGAACAUGGACGAAGAAGUACUGCACGCUAUGCUGAAAUACAUUUACACCGGAAAAUGUGAUAAUUUCGAGAAACUAGCCGACAAACUAUUCGUAGCAGCAGCAAAAUACGGUUUGGAUGGACUGCGAAAAAUCUGCGAAGAAGAGCUUUGCGAGAGUUUAUCAGUUGAUAACGCAGUAAGGCUGUUGGCAUUUGCAGAAAAACACCACGCUGAUAAAUUGAAAUCCAGAGUGAAAGAAGUCAUAGCAAACGGUCUGCUCGCCAGUUGAACACAGCCAGCCAGCUAAGAGCUUGGAAAUCACGAACAAUUUUAAGAAACGCUCGCUUUCACAAUGCCAUGCCAACGCGAAGAUACUUGAAUUUUUUGCAUUUGUUCAGUUUUUUUUUCUUGUACGAAAAUGUAUCAAUUAAAUUUCCAAUCAUUAUAAUGA